AUGCCUCCCAAAAGGCCUAAACUGGAGCAUCUUCAUUUAGCUCCUGAGGAAAAGGCUGUAUCGAUAACAGACACCUUGACAUUAGUUGUAAAGGGAGAUGGUGGUCUUGAGAUGCGCGUGAAGGAAAGUGGUAUCGCGUCUGGACCAACAGUUCGGGCUCAAGCAGCAGAAGAAAAUAGUGAUGCAAAUAAUAUACUUAUGGAUAAGAUAAGAUUUGAAGAUUUACGCAUUUGUGAUGAACUUGGAAAGGGAUCUCAGGGAAAAGUGAAACUUGUUCGACAUCUUCCAUCAGGAAAGAAAUAUGCACUUAAAUAUAUUCAAUUGGAGGGUGAUACAGAUGACAUGCGUCAGGCACUUGAAUCUGAGUUACGGCAAGUGAAAGCCUUAAUGCAUAAGAAUCUUGUUUCCUCUUAUGAGGCUUUUUUUACUGAUGGGAGACUUUGUAUUGUGCUAGAGUACAUGGAUGCUGGGAGCAUGGUAGAUGUCCUUAAGCGGCACUCCCGAAAAUUCAAUGAGGAAAUGCUGGCGUAUGUAGCAAGAGAGCUUCUCCAGGGUUUAGAACACCUUCAUGCUUCAAAAAUGCUUCACCGUGAUAUAAAACCCGCUAAUGUUCUUGCAAAUUCUGAGGGAGAAGUUAAAAUAGCGGAUUUUGGAGUAGCCAAAAGAUUUUCUGGUGGUGAUGUAGAAACAUUGUCAGCUCAGGGAUCUGUUGUGUAUAUGAGUCCUGAGCGAAUAAAUGGACAGCCGUAUUCAUUCAGCAGUGAUAUUUGGAGUGUUGGUUUAACGAUAGCAGAAUGUGCAUUGGGAAGGUAUCCCUUCAAUUCGAUGAAAAACAAUCUAUUUGAUCUUUUGCAGGCUAUUGCUACAAGAUCUGCAAAAAUUGAUUGGUCUGCCGAUGGUCGUGAGCACAGUCCUGAACUUAUUGAUUUUAUCGAUCAAUGCCUUCGUCCAGCUGAUUCGCGACCGACGGCAACAGAGUUGCUACAACACCCAUUUAUUCAAAAGGCGUCAAAAAUAGACCCUGCUUGCGCUGGGAAGUGGUUUAUUACUCAAUCUUAA